UCGUCUGUCAAUCCUCGAAUUCAAAAAUAUAAAGAAACGUUAAAACCAAAAUUACAAAUUACUAAAAAGGAUAUAGACAAAGUAGAAGGCAAAAUGUUUAACAAAAGUAAAUAUAAAAAAGAAUAUUAUCAGAAAAAUAAAGAAAAGUUAAAUGAAUAUAAGCGAAAUUACAAGAAAAUAAAUAGAGAGAAGAUAAGUCAACAAUCAAAAAUUUACCGAGAAAAAAAUAAUGAAAGGAUUCAGAAAAAUAAAAAAAUUUAUUACCAAAAUAACAAAGAAAAAUUGAAUGAGUAUCAGCGAAAAUACCGACAAGAAAAGAAAAACGUAAAAUCUGCUGAUGAUGAUCGAACUAAAUUUGUUAAUCCACAGCCUGUUGAUUUUACUAAUUUAGUUAAUUUAUCAAUUGUUUGCGAAAUGGAAGGAAAUCUUUUUAAUCAAGAAGAGGAAAAAUUAAAUAAUGACAAAGAAAAGUAUGAUCAAAUAGAGGUUGAAGAGCCAAAUAAAAUUAUUGAAGAUGACACAAAUAAUAAAGAAUUAAAGAAGAAAAUUUACUCUUUUGAUUUGAACAAGAUGCCUGAGGAUGAAGAACUGGAGGAUCAUUGA